AUGUCGUCGGCCCUACCUCUUUCGUAUCCCUGCAUAGCUUCACACUUCGACUGCCUUACGCUCAACACUCGACAUUUCUUGGAUGCCGUGCUUCUCACCCGCCGCCAUGUCUGCUGGAGCUCGCAGCCGUUUAUCCGACAUUAUAAUGAAGCAACAAGUUUCGCAUCCAACCUGCACGUGAUUACCAAGGAAAAGGAUGCCCUCCCAUUUGGCAUUGCGGAUCACCUGAUACACGCUCACCUGCGGGACGCGGCCGAGGUGGAGGUGCUGGAGGAUGUGUGCGAGGAGGAGCUGGACGAGCUCAUCCCCAACCCCUUCUACCCUGACCCUGCUGCCGCUGCUGACAAGGACGGCGAUUCCGCCCCGGUGGCGGCAGCUGCAAAGGGGGGGGAGGCGGAGGAGGACUCCUCGGAGGACGAGGACUGCGAGACGGAAGAGUCCGAGGAGGAUGAGGACUCCUCGGAGGAUGAGGACUCCGAGGAAAACGAUGAGGAGGAGGAGGGUGAGGCGGAAGAGGAGGUGGGUGUUGGGCAGGGAUGGGACGAUGAGGACGAGUGGUGGGCAGAAGGGCGAUUUGACGGGGAGGAGGUGGAGGAGUGGGUUGCUGGGCAGGAUGAUGAGUAG